AUUAAUUAAUCGAUGCAAUAGAGUUCCUUUCUCUUAAGCAAUUAGUAAUAUGGUUCGCUUAAAUUAUUGAAAAAAGAUGUUAAAGAUUAAUUCUUGACUAGAUUUCAAAAUUAAAAGACCACAAUAAAGUAAGUAUAAGAAAAAGGAAUGAACACAAAUAAACCCUUAGUAAAAACAACACAUUCUCCAAAAUCACCUAGAACAUAAUAAAUCACUCCAAAAUAAUCUCCAUUAAGAAUAAAAUAAUAUUCAAAGCAUUCUCCUGGAAGAUUGUCUUUCCAAAAAUAAAGCGUUGGAUUGAAUACUCUUAAUUCUAGGUAAAAUGAUAUUGUAUUUUAAUAGUUUGAUGAUUCCCUAAAAGUCAUUGAAUGAAAUUGUACCAGUCGAAAAAAUUUAAGAUUUAGUUCAAUCAUUAAGGAGUUAGAAUUAUGGAGCCACAGAUUUAUAUAUGCAGGAAUUGAGAAAAUUAUCAAUAAUGAUCUUAAAUGAAUGA